AUGCCGGACCAUGUGAACACAGCUCCUUCUACUGACGCUGAGAAACAUGGUUUUUCUGGCACUAACGGCAAAGGGGCCCAGGAGAGACCCCUCGAAACUACUGAGGAUGGAGCUAUUGGAGUCAACAAGGCUGAGGCCGCAGCACUUGUCUGGAGCAAAAAUGCUUUGUGGGCGAUGUAUGCCUGGAUCUGGGUGUGCUUCUUUAUGUUAGCAUUUCACUCCCAGAUAGGACUACACGUGCUCGUCAACGCGUAUGCGAAUUUCCAAACCGCCCCUGAAAUUUCAACUGCGGCAAUCCUGGCCACCGUGGUCGGGGGUGUGAUGAAGCUUCCUAUUGCCAAGAUCUUAAACGUCUGGGGAAGAGCGGAGGGUAUGUUCAUCUUUACGGGUCUGUUCAUCUUGGGUAUUAUUGUGCUGGCAUCAUGCACUGGACCCAGUGGUUUCGCAGCCGGGAGUGGCCGCACAUGGAUCCAGUCAGCUAUGCAUUAUGUUCAUGAGUUCGAUGUUAUUGGUGGGCUCAUCUUAAUGGCGGCAUUCAUCCUCCUCCUUCUACCCUUCAGUUUGACAACCUACGGCCGAGCAGAAUAUAAAUCAGCCACCUUCAUCGCAAUGCUCGUUGUUGGCUUCUGUCUUUUCUUCGGUUUCUUUGCAUGGGAAAAGUUCUUCGCCCGCAAACAAUUCAUCCGUUAUGACCUCCUUAAACAGCGUACAGUACUCGGAGCGUGUAUUCUCUCGGCAAUUUGCAACAUGGGCUAUGCCAUUUGGGAUUUGUACUUCCUCAACUUCUGCAUGGUCGUGUACGAUCUUAGCGUCUCACACGGAGGAUACAUGAACCAAAUCUAUAACAUCGGGUCCUGCUUUUGGGCUCCCCUUCUCGGAAUCUACAUCCGACAAACCAAGCACUUCAAAAAUGCAUGUCUCUACUUCGGACUUCCCCUCAUGUUACUUGGUUCCGGACUGAUGAUUCACUUCCGCGGCGAGCACGAUAACAUCGGCUACAUCGUCAUGUGCCAAAUUUUCAUCGCUUUCUCCGGAGGCACGCUGGUCAUUGGCCAGGAUAUGGCCGUCAUGGCCGCUGCUGACCAUGACGGCGUUCCCAUGAUGUUAUCCAUCCUUGGCCUCUUUGCCAGCUUGGGUGGUGCGGCCGGUAACGCGAUUUCUUCGGCAAUCUAUACCAAUGUCUUCCCGAACAAGCUGAUCGACGGACUUCCGGCUUCGGCUCAAGCUGACUGGGCGGAUAUUUAUCUUGGGGGCUAUCUUACACAGAUGGAAUACCCGAUGGGUGGCCAGAUACGAACUGCUAUCAAUGAUGCUUGGGGUGAUAGUCAGAAGUACAGCUGUAUUGCUACGACAGCGGUGCUUGUCCUUGGGUUCCCGUGCAUUAUGGUCUGGAGGAACUUCAGUGUGGACCGGAAGCAGAAUAAGGGGACUAUGCUCUAA